AUGACCCACUCCUGCUGCUCCCCCUGCUGCCAGCCUACCUGCUGCAGGACCACCUGCUGCCAGCCCACUUGCAGUGGGUCCAGCUGCUGCCAGCCUUGCUGCCCCCCAACUCGCUGUCAAACCACCUGCUGCAGGACCACCUGCUCCCACCCAACUUGUGUGACCAGUUGCUGCCGCCCUUCCUGCUGCAGCUCUCCCUGCUGCCAGCCCACCUGCUCUGAGUCCAGCUGCUCUUGCUCUGGACCCGCGUACUGCCGGAGAACCUGCCACCACCCCACCUGCAUCUGCUUGCCUGAGUGCCAAGCCCAGAGCUGCGGAUCCAGCUGCUGCCAGUUUUGCUGCCGCCGUGUCUGCUGUCAGAUCACCUGUUGCCGGCCCCGCAGCAGCUGUAGCUCCUGCUGUGUGUCCAGUUGCUUCCAGCCUUCCUGCGGCUGA